AUGGCUGAUGCUCCCUUGCCCAGAAAGCGCGGUCGCCCGCCAAAGCUCGACGCGACUGGGAACCCCGUCAAGAAGCCCGCUCAGAGCGAUGGACCCCCGAGGAAACGAGGCAGACCACGCAAGAAUCCCAGCGACACUCCUAAACAAGUCCCUGCCGGCCCAAAGAGAGGGCGCGGCAGGCCAAGGAAAGAUGAUCCGACGGCGCCUAGCAAAAAACCGCGACUGAGCACCGAUGCAGCCGCGAUUACGACCACCACUACCUCCUCCUCCUCCUCCUCCUCCAAACCGGCACCAACACCGUCCAAACGCGGCAGACCCAAGAAAUCGGCUACGGAAGCGGCUGCCAAAGCUGUCAAUGGUGCAGGGGCCGCCGGGUUUCUACUAGAUAAGAUAAUUGGCAUCUACUCGUUGGAUUGUAAGGAGGUGGAGGACAAUUGGCCGGACGACGCGGAGGAGAUGGAGCUUACGAUUACAAGGACGUCAGAGAGUCCCUUGGGGUUGAUUGGCGGGUUCAAUUUGGGUGUGAUUCAGGGCACGAUGCUGUUCGCGACAGACAAGCGUACGCUGGACAAAUUCCGCGCCGUGAUGAGCAAGCGUGGUCGUGUUGCUGGCGGAGCGCGCGGCGGCAAUGGGGAAGGGGAGACCGGCAGCAGCCAUGACGGAGACGAUAUCCCGCGUGCAGCGGGGCCCGCGCGCGUGAAAGAUCUCCGCGUUUACUUCAGCUGGCGUGGGAGGUCGACAGGCGAGGGCGAAAUCCACACGGAGGAGGGAACGUCGCCGCAGGAUGGCUACCUCGUUUUCACGAGCAAUGAAGCCAUCACUUUCAAUGGUGUGGCGGGCUUCCCUGCUCUUGGCGAAAAGUGCAAAUUCAAGGGAACAAAGAUUGACGAUGACGCUGCUGAUGCGCCGGAGCCGUGGACUUCGUUCUCUAGGAAGGCUGCUGAGGAAGCGGCUGUGAGUAGAUGGGGGUGA